AUGCAUGUGGUAACCCCUUUGCUGUUGGUGUGGGCACUCUGCGGAGUCCGUGGUGUGAUAAGAACACCGUUGGAGGCGUUCAGGCCUUCAGGAGAAAUACACUUGAGGAGGCCAGACAAAAUACCGUUCCUGCCGCACAAGAGACUACCAGUACCAUCAAAAAGUGAUCUCAAGAUAUUAUACCAAACUGGGGGUUCCGAGGAAGAUCUCCCAGAUUGUCGACCGCGGCAGGUGUGCAGUAAAGUGGACCUCUACGAUGCGACACAGCCCUGGAUCGAGAGGAAAUGUCGCUGUUUGGGUCAUAGGCCGUGCUCUAGUGACCUCACGGCCGAUGACAAUCACACGUUAUCAGAUAAAACAACGCUGUAUAAGACGUGUGAGCCCGUGAAGCGGUUGCCUAAGUGCAAAUACUUCAAGGAUGCGGCUUGGAUCAUCUAUUCGUUUCCCGACAGCAAUGCGACUCAGCAAAUCGUCAAUUGUCACUGCCCCAAGUUCUCAGUGACGUAUCUAUUGAAAAAGCUGCCGUACACGACACCUAGCGGAGAACAGGGGAACCAGUACCAGUUUGCGUGUUCGCCGCAAAGCAGGCUACGUUGUUCAAGAAAGGAGCCCUGCAAGUUGUUCAGCGCAAGGCGACGACAUGAACAAAUCGAUGAAGUGAACGCGAACACAAUAUGCCAGUGUCCACGAGGCCACACAUGUCCCAGGCAUCAUACGGAGACGGGAGUGCUGGCCGGCAUCACGUACGCGGCUGAGGACAUUCGCACGUAUCACGGGUACUGCAUGCCCGAACCUCCACCCGACGCGUACAGGUUCGUCGGAGACAAAGAUUGA